CUCCUUCUUGCCUGCCACGCCGCGGUGAUCAGCCCACAGCAGCUGCCUGCACCAUGAAGCUGGUGACGGUCCUCAUGCUGGCUGCCCUGCCCCUGUGCUGCUAUGCGGGGUCUGGCUGCGAUACUUUGGAGCAUGCGAUCGAUAUCACCUAUGAUACUAAUGUGUCCGUGAGUGAGUACAUCGAAGCUCUUAAAGACUUCAUAGCAGGUGAAGAGAGUGAAAAUGCCAUGAAAGAUCUGAAGGAGUGCUUUCUCGAUCAGAGUGAAGAAACUCUGGAGCAGGCCAAUGUGCUGCAGCAUGCAAUAUAUGACAGCUUCUGGUGUGCUCGGUAUUAACUUUUUCCCUGGAUACAGAGCAUGGUCUGACACUGAGAGUUCAUGGAUGGACACCACAGCAUAGCUUUAUUUCUUCCUCUCUUGAUCUACACACUACAAGACAAUUGUUGAAACCUCACAUACCUUUGCAUUUCAAUAAAGCAUCAGCAAACCUA